AUGAAGAUCACUCCUUUCUGGGUCUCCAUGGCCCUGUUUGUUCCCCUGGCUCUAGCUGAGUCCACAGCGACAUCUGCUACGUCUACCUCUACUGCCGCGGCAUCGAGCUGUACCGCUUCCCUCGUCACUAGCCUCUGCAGCUACCCGGAGCCUGGCUCGGACUUUGCCGUCGCCAGCGACGGUAGAGCCUUCUGCUGGGACUACUGUAACGCCCACCCUCCCUGCAGCUUUGUUGUCUUCUCUGCCGGUAACCCUAACACGGGUACCGGCACUUGCUGGCUGUACCCGGGUGAAACCUUCAAUGCGAGCGAAGGUAGUACGGAUUGCGCCAAUCCCAACCUGUCCGUCUACAGUCAGCCCGUGUGUGCUGGCGGGAGCGCAACCACCACUUCUGGCGCCUGCGCCGCCACUGCGACUCCCUCUGCUAUUGCCUCGGUCUGUGGGUACCCGGCGCCUGAUGACUGCUUUGACGAUUGUAUCGCUAGUACGGGUGCAUCGGACUGCUUAAGUCAAUGUGCAAAGGCCGAUUCGUGCAGCUAUGUCGUCUUCAAUCCGGAGGAUGGAAGUAACUCGCCAUAUGCCUCGGGAAAUUGCUGGAUCUAUCCGAACGGCACAUUUAACACUGGGUCUGUGACCGCUUGUAGUGGGGCUGCUGAACAGUUUGUGUAUAACAACUUGUGUCCCAAGCCAUCGGUUUCAUCGUCCUCCCUUUCAUCAUCUGCGGAACGCUCUAGUGGCACAGGAACUGCAGGCACUACUUCGGGCUCAACUACUAGCGCUGCGACGGGUUCUAAUGGCACUGGAACCGCAGACAAUACUACGAGCUCGACUACUAGCAGCGAGAAUUCUGCGCCUAUUAGCCCUUCGCUCACUAAUCCAUUGGCUAUAGGCGUGGCUAUAUUAAUAUUGCAGGCCCUUCAAUGA